AUGACAGAAAUAUUGCCUCCUACGACAAGUGAACGAGUUCAAACAUCCAAGACUAAUCCAACACUUCCUCUUGGUAAUGAAGAUUCAAAUAUAGUACCAAAUUUACAACAAUCUACAUAUACUAUUCCAGUAACAAAAUCUCUAAGGAAAAAUCCAACUUUUAUUAUAUGGUCAAUAUUUAAUUUAUUAUUAAUACCAUUUGGUAUACUUUGUUGUUAUUUUUCAUAUAAUGUCAAUAAAUUUAAAACGCAAAAUUGUUAUGUAUUAGCAACAAAAUGGUCAAAACGUACAUUUGUACUUAAUAUAAUAACAACAUUACUUAUGAUUGGUAUUAUUAUUAGUGUUGUUAUGUUAAAUUAUGAUUAUAAAAAACGAAAUUCAGGAUCUACUGUCAAUCAAACCGAACCAAUUUAUAUUCCAUGGCAACCAGGACGUUAA